AUGUCAGUAAAAGCCAAAGCGCUUUAUACGUUCCAAAGUGAAAACAAAGAGGAGAUAAGCAUCCAGGAGAACGAAGAACUGAUUAUCUUUGACGAGAACUCUGUGGAUGGAUGGUUCCAAGGGGAGAACAGCCGAGGGGAGCGGGGUCUCUUCCCGGCAUCCUACGUGGAAGUCAUCCGCACCCGUUCCAACUCCAACGUGACCGAUUGUUCCAUCAGCCCGGCAGGUUCUUUGGGAAAUGACACCUGUUUCUUGCCCUCUACUACCAACACCACCCUAAACACGCAACCGACUUACUACGAUAUCGACGAUGAUGACGAUUGGGAUGACUGGGACGACAGGUCCACUGUAGUGGAAGAUGGCGACCAUGGCCGGGGCCCUGGGGCCAACGGGCACUCACAUCAGAUGCCGCAGUCCAACAACCCCAAUGUGCACUACAGGGCCAAGCCGCCUAUGGAGAGGCAGGACAGCAUCUCCAGUUCCAGGAAGGGCAGCAUGGUGGGCCGCAAUUUGAACCGCUUUUCCAGCUUUGUUCGCUCUGGUGUAGAGGCGUUUGUGCUGGGGGACGUGCCCAUGAUGGCGAAGAUAGCUGAAUCCUACACCAUCGAGAUGAACCCCCAAGGCCCCAGUUGGAAGGAGAGCCCGCAGCCUUUCUCCUGCUCCAUCGAAGAUCCCACCAAGCAGACCAAGUUUAAAGGUAUCAAGACGUACAUUUCGUACCGGGUGACGCCGAGCCACACGGGUCGGCCGGUGUACAGACGCUACAAGCACUUUGACUGGCUCUACAACCGCCUAUUGCACAAGUUCACUGUGAUCUCAGUGCCUCACCUGCCGGAGAAGCAGGCCACGGGGCGUUUCGAGGAGGACUUCAUUGAGAAGCGCAAGCGGCGACUGAUCUUGUGGAUGAACCACAUGACCAGCCACCCGGUGCUCUCCCAGUACGAAGGCUUCGAGCACUUUCUGAUGUGCGCCGAUGACAAGCAAUGGAAGCUUGGCAAGAGACGCGCCGAGAAAGACGAGAUGGUAGGGGCGCACUUCAUGCUGACCCUCCAGAUCCCCAACGAGCACCAGGACCUUCAGGACGUGGAGGAGCGGGUGGACACUUUUAAGAACUUUACUAAGAAAAUGGACGACAGUGUCAUGCAACUCACUCACGUCGCCUCGGAGUUGGUUCGCAAGCAUCUGGGCGGUUUCAGGAAGGAGUUCCAACGACUGGGCAACUCUUUCCAGUCCAUCAGUCAAUCGUUUAUGUUGGACCCCCCACACAGCUCCGAGGCCCUCAACAACGCCAUCUCACACACUGGCCGCACCUACGAGAACAUCGGGGAGCUGUUUGCCGAACAGCCCAAGUACGACCUCUUCAAAAUGCUGGACACGCUGUCGCUCUACCAAGGCCUGCUCGCCAACUUCCCAGACAUUAUUCAUCUACAGAAAGGUGCCUUUGCCAAGGUGAAAGAGAGUCAGCGUAUGACGGACGAGGGCAAGAUGGACCAGGACGAGGCGGACGGCAUCCGCAAGCGCUGCCGGACGGUGGGCUUUGCGCUGCAGGCCGAGAUGAGCCACUUCCACCGACAGCGUGAAGUGGACUUUAAGGACAUGAUGCAGGCGUACCUCAGGGAGCAGAUCGCCUUCUACCAGCGCGUGGUGCAGCAACUGGAGCGCACGUUGCGCAUGUACGAGUGUCUUUAA